AUGUCGACCAACAACUCCAAUCCGUUGUUGGUGGAUCCGUCGAUAGUCAGCAUAUCGGAUAAGGAUGUGCCCACGACGGCGCGCGCCAAGGCACGCACCGCGUCGUCGUCGUCGUCAUCGCAUUUGGACCCCGGCAAUGCGUUGAGCAAGCUAUUGGAUAGUGCCAUGGCGCACGCGGCGAGGGAGUCGACGCCGGAGCCGCGCGAGGAGACCGCCGGCGGCGGCGCUCCGGCUCUGGCUCUGGCUCUGGCUCUGGCUCUGGCGCUUGACGACGUUUUGAACUGUGUGCCUCCUAAGAAACAGGGCCAGGAUCUCAUUUAUACUAUUAAUGACUUGAUGAAGUUGCGGGAUGUGGUUGAGGCGGUGGAUGUGGGCGACAAAUUGCCCGAUGCGAAUUUCUGGAGACUUAAAUCUGGGAGAGAUAUGGGUAGCGUUGGUGGUGGUACAAGGAAUGGCGGCGGUGGCGGAGGUGGUGUGGAAGCCGGGUUUAGAGGCAAGAAGUACAAGAGACAUCUGCAUGAGACUUGGGAGCGGGGCAAGAACGAUGCCAAGACGAGUAGCGGCGUCCACGGUGUGCGCCAUGGGUUCAACAAGGCGCAGGAGUUGGACUCUUUGAGCAGCGAGCGCAUCACGGAGUUGUUGGGGGAAACGGGCGACGACGGUUUGCCCGAGUGGGAUAAUGCCGAUGGAGAUGGCGGCGAAGGUGGACUUUACAGGGGCUCUAAAGAUGAUUCGGCGCAUAUGUCGAUGCUCAAUAUGGGACGGUCAGUUCAGGAUUUUGAAAAAUGGAAGUACCAAAUGAGAUUAGAAGAGAGAAGACGCAAUGGCGAGGUUAUCGAUGAGGAAGUCGAGCAGCUGAAGUUGGCUGACGACGAAAAUGCUGCUGUUAACGCAGGCAAUGAAGUUGACAAUUUCUUUUCCUUUAUCAAGCCUAAGGAGGAGGAGGAUGCCAAGGUUGUGGAUGAUGAAGAGAAAGGCGCGGGGGCUACGACAGGGGGUGGUGCUGGUGCUGGUUCUGGAGCAGGAGCUAAUAGCAGGUCCUCGAGGUUUACUUCGUUCUUCCAACAGCCUAAACCGCAACCGCAACAGCAACAGCAACCGCAACAACCGCAACAACCACAAUCACAACCACAAGAACUGCAACAAUCACAACCACAGCAGCAACAGCUGGCAGAAGUGCCAUCUCCUCAGGUCAAGAAAGGUGUUCUGGGCCCACCUCCGGGAUUCUCGAAAUUCUUUGGCGGCGGGGCUCAAACCCAGGCUCAGGCUCAGGCUAAGGCUCCACCUGUUCAAAUUGGCGAGGAAGGGAGCGGGGGCACACCUCCGUUGUUGCACGACCACAAGUCUUCCCAGAGCUCACUUCACUCCUCAAAUGAUAACUUCUUCCUUUCUUUGUUGAAGAAAAAGGAGCAACAAGCAUCGCCAAGUGCUUCUCAAGUGGAUGCUGACGACAAGCCCAACACACCGUUUGAUCAGUUGAGGAACCGACCAGAUCAGGGAGAAAACCCACAAGAGAAUCAAACUGGUGGACCACAGCAACCACAGCAACAGCAACAGUUCAUGCCGCCUCCACAGUACCCUCAACCGCCCCCUCAAGAUCAACUGCGAUUUCCAUUCUGGAUGACCCCGCCACACCAACACCAACCACAACAGCAGCCAGUGCGCGGGUUCCCACCUGGGUUUGACCCAUCGAUGCUUGGUCAAAACAACCAAUAUCAGCAACAGACCCCGCCUGAGCAGCAACGCGCGGCUCAAGGUGGAGGUGGAGGUAGCAAUCGUGGAGAAAACUCUAUUCCCGCUCAUUUGCAAGGCCAGCCUCGUGGACAGCAGCAGUUCCCCAUGGGUCCAGGUGGCAUGCCUCCGCCACCACCGCCUCCGCCGGGAAUGUUCCCCAAUGGAUUUGGGCCGCCACCUCAUGGUCCACAACGCCAAGCUCCUCCCAAUUUCAUGCAGGGGAAUCGACCUUUGCCACCGGGAUUUCCCCCGGGCAUGGUGCGGAUGGGGUUCCCUCCGCAAUUUGGAAAUCCUCCAAACGCAAUGAUGCCUCCGCAUCAGCAACAACAACAACAGCAUCCUUCUCAUUUCCCACAGCGGCCGCCAAAUUUCGACCAGCAGCAACAACAGUUUGAAAUUCAACGUCAACAGCAACAACAACAACAACAACAACAACAACCAAAGCAACAGCUGUAA